AUUAGUCACUAACUGAAGGGUAGUAAUGAUUUGUGAUUGACCUUAGUGGUUGGAUCAUAGGUGGAUUACUUUGACUAAUGCCAUGGUUACAUGAUUCUUAUCCUUCCUGCUUCAAGGAAUCUCCUGUUGAACUGAGUCUUUGGAGUUAAGGGUUCCUCAAAGUGGUUUACCGCAAAACAUGGAUUUCAUCAAGCCAACUUAUGUAGUUGUGAGCCACAUUUUUGCUGGGAGAGUACACAUGUUCCAAUGCAACAUCUCAGACGAUUUGCUUUUGCUGUGGUUAGGUUAAUUCUAGUUCUAGAUAUACAGAUUGACAAUUUAUUAAGCUACAAUGAGAAUUAAUUCAUUCUCAUUUACUAACGACUUUGGAUUUUAGGGAAUGCGUCACAGUGAACGUUGUUUAAUUUUAGUGUGACGUACUCUUGUGAAUAAUUAUGGAUUUGCUUUAAUUGAGUUUCUGAAAGUACAUUGUUUGUCAUUCUUUCUAGUGAAAGAGAAGUUCAUGGUGUUAUUCUCUUCAGAAAAGUAGGAUCUGGUUCGGUUAUUUGUAGUCCCGUUGUUUCCGUAGGGGAAGCCACAUCCCCGAAAUGUUGCUAUCCACCAUUUUACGACACUGGAGAUCCCAUUACAUUUCAUACAUACAUGACUUUUGUGUAUUAUUGCCAUUUAAUAGUACUGCACAAACUAGUUAAUCCAGUCUGGAGUCAAAGCUCAAUUGUAAAUUUCUUCUAUCAUUUCCUUAUCAGGCCAUUCAUGUUAGGUAAUGUCCUUUGAGGUGCAUUACCGGACAGAUAGGUCCGUUACUGACUGCUUUAGUUGGAAACAAUCUAUGAGGGCAUGUUGCUUGCUUGGGCGCUUGCAGACGGUUACCGCCUUAACGGUUUUCUGUGCCCUGGACCCCUGGUGGACAACACCUCAACUAGCUUUUGCUGUGGCAUUUCCGCUUAACGGCAUGUACAAUGCUGCUUGCAGGCGGUUACUGCUUUGCCGGUUUUAUGUGCCCUGGUGGACAAUGCUGCCUCAACUAGCUUUUGCUGUGGCAUUGCUGCUUAAGGGCAUGUAUAAGUACAACGACGAUGCUUGCUUGGGCGCUUGCAGGCAGCUAAUGCCUUACUGGUUUCCAUCACUGCUUGUUCAAGCACCAUGCCUGAGGUCAUUUUUCAGCAAAACGACUAACAGUUUGAGGCUUGAAAAAGUUGGAGAUUGGCGUGAAAAUUUAGAUGUUGCCAUCGUCAAAUUAGGACUCAUAUGCAGGCUGGCCGGCUUACUGGCGCACCAGGUUUUCAGGAUUCAGAAAACCGCAUUGCUUUCGUCUCCCCGUCACGGACAAGUAGCAAUCUUCAUACUACAGUUCUCGGCGCCUCCACACCCGUCAAGCUCCCUGCUGAACUCCAGUUGCCCGAGGGCAGUGCAGAGCUCCCAACGCCAAAGCCAGAAGCUACGCCUUCAGCUCUCAAGUUAUCUGCUGAUCCAGAACCAGACGUGGAUGCCGAUGAAAUCACUGAAGCCCUGUACGGUGGCAGUGGUCAUCGCAGGCUCCCCAUUUUCAGGGAGAUCUGUCCAGAAUGAGUGUCAGCCUCAGCAUUCUCCUCAACGUCGCUGAUGGAUGCAUUUCGGCUUUAGAUGUAUAUUCUGUUUAUCUAUCUCGUACCCAUAGUCUUGGUAGCAGUUACUCUGGAGGGUCAUUUCUAGCUUCCUAAAGGAGAAUCUCUUCUAUUGAUGUCUUCAUUAAGCGAGAAAGCUAUGAUAUACAUGACUUGAUUAAGCAGGCAAUUGACCCGUUUUGCUUGGCGUUGGUUGGAGGUGCACGUGCACCUUCGAAUAUAUAUGAAUUUAGCCCCUCUCUUUUUUUUGGCCCUAUGUAAUUGAGUUGCAGUGUUUUGCAUACAUUCGAUGACCCGUGUAAUUAAUCAUAUUGGUAAUGGUAAAAACAUGCAAUCAAGUGGCAUAUCCAAUCAAAA